AAGAAUCAGUGACCAUGAAUCUUGAAAAAUUUUUCAGAUCAGGUCAUUCUAAUCUGAAUCUUAUUAUUGAUUGUAUAGGGUCAGAAUCUGAUAAGAUUGACCUGAAAUCAAGAUUCUGUCAGAAAUGAUCUCAAGAUUGUCGACUUGUAAUAACUUCUUCCUUAACUUUCUUUGAUUAUGACUGGUCCAUUACAAGCCAGUAACUAGCUUGAAUUAUACAGCGAAUGUGGCUGUGUGUCAAACUGUUGGCAGCGCUAGGAUGGCUAAUUAACGUUGUCAUACAGGAACCUGAGGGUAUUUGAUGGGUGCGUUAACUUUUGUAGUGUAGACACUCUCCAAGUUAAGUAUAAGUUAAAGUCGAAAAUUGCAUAGUAUAGACAAGGCCAAAGAUGACACAAGUUAACCGAAAGUUUAGUAUCUAUCAAUAAAAAAAAACUGCAGUUUACACGCACAUACAUACAGCGUUUUAAAUAAAUGUUACAAUAUGACAUUUUAUACUUGAUUUUACUGUGAGCGAAAACUGGAGCAUUUGCAUUCAUUAAGUUCUGCAGGUUUUGGCAAAAUUUUCAUAGAAUUUGGCAAAACUCUGCAGGUUUUCGCAAAAAUCCGGCAAAUCGGUGAGAGAGAGUUCUGAGAAUAUUCUUGCACAAUUCUCUUGUCUAAUAAUUCUUUUAUUUCUUCCUUUUUCCUUCGUAGUUUAUUUAUAUUGUUUAACUAAAUGUUUCAAAAUAAUAGCACGUAGCUGUUAUUAAUUUUAGAUUUUGGUUGUCCUACAACAUUUGUUUUUAUUGUCAACUACUGAUGAAGAUUUUUAUUAAUCGAACCGUUUAGUUAAGCAAUAUAAAUAAACUAUGAAGUAAAAAGGAAGAAAUAAAGAAUUAUUAAAUAAUAACAACUUCGUACAUAGUAAACAGUAAAAAGACGCAAUUCUCUUGUUUUUGACAAAAUUCUGCAGAUUUUGGCAACAUUUUGAUAAAUCGUGAGAGUUCUGAGAAUAUUGUUGCAUAAUUGUGUUGUUUUCGACGAAAUUCUGCUUUAAUUCGUGAAAUUGCGGUAGAAUUUUACAAAACUCUGCAGCGAAUUUUGUCUGCGUUGAGGAUAAAAUUUCACCGUUGCAGUCCUCGUGUCUUUUCUGGAUCCACGGACGUUUCUAGGACACAUCAAUUCCAAACAGUCUAAUCAAUGACACAAGUCAGGCGAUGAAAGCGGCUGAUCAACCAGGAGCUCAAUGGUAUUGGAAAUCGAAUUCUGACCCAUGGUCAACAAAUGGAAAAAGAAAAUGGACAAAAUAUUCUGAUAUUGAAUCAGCGAUUAUCGAAGAAGCAUUUAAUGGACAAAAUGAAACAAAACUAGCUGACCUGGAUAAUUAUACGAUUAACUUAAACGAUUCCAUUCAAAUCAGUAAAUCGGAUCCAAAUAAACAACGGCAAAUAAAGCGAGUUCUAAUUAGUGGAAAUGAAAGUCAAGGUUUAAGAAAAGAAAGAUUCUGUCUUCCACCAGCUUUGAGUAAAACGUUCAGUGAUGAUUGUGGUAAAGACGCGUAUAAUUUUCUUUCACAAUGGAAGCAAGACAAGAAACUUUCUGCUGCUGAAAUAGUGAACCAGGCAGCGAAUGGAAUAGUUAUCGAAGGGAAUAAAAUAGGUCAAGAUUGUGCCUCACAAUAUCUAGCCCGCCAACUAAUAGGCGUCGAAAACAAGGACAGACAAGAAAUUUACAAGUGUUGCAUUCAUCUAUACACAAUGGAAUGCUUUUUAUAUAAACUAAUAAAUAAAGCACUGAGAGAAAACGACACCAGCAAAAUAAACACUCUCGGUCCAUUCUGCUACAUUUUAUUCAGAAGCUGGCUAAAAACACAUACAAAACAUACAGCGGUACUCUAUCGAGGUGUAAAUAUCGAUCACAACAUGCUUAAAUCGUACGAGGAAGCCAGUCGCAAGAACAGAUGCUGGGACGGCUUUACCUCAACUACCAGAAAUCGUCACCUAGCCGAAAUCUACGGCAACACCUUAUUCAUUAUCGACGCGACCAAAACCGGUGGCUUAGACAUAUCGUCACUCUCCCACUUCGACGAAGAAGAAGUCCUACUGACACCGGGAACAGUCUUUGAAAUCACGCAAGUCAACAAAACCACAACCAAAACCUGCAUCUAUUUGAAACUGCUAAAU